AUGGUUCUGGCAGCCAAGGCAGCAGAUAGUGUCACAGCAAGGUGCGAGCGUGGACGCGUGGCUCCUACAUGCAGCUGUGUGCGCGUCUCUGAGACCGUGAAGAAACGCCUGAGCGCACACCAGAGCAAAAAGAGGAAGAGGAGGAAGAAGAGGCCGUGCUACUGCAGCUGGAGACGAUCAGGCACCAGGGCAGAGGCAUCCGGACUGAGGUGCAGAAACUUUUACCACUUGGUCUGUUAA